AUGGAUGAGUUUGGGCUCUGGGACGUACCAUUUUCAUCAUUGUGCAAGUUGGUCGGUAGCCAACAACCAGAUCACCAGGUAGUCGAAUUGAAGGCCAAUUUCCCCGAUGUGUUCACCAAUCGUAUGGGACUGUGCAUCAAAACACAAGUGUAUCUCACUCUCAAGUCGGACGCUCAGCCAGUAUUCAAACCCAAGCGGCCAGUUUCGUACAACAUGGAGGCCGUAGUUGAAGACGAGCUGAAGCGGCUUGAAGAUUUGGGUAUCAUCACACCAGUGACGUAUGGAGAUUGGGCAGCUCCCAUCGUAGUUGUCCGCAAGCCGGAUCACUCCGUGCGCAUUUCUGCGGAUUUCCCCACCGGAUUAAACAAUGCGCUCGAAUCAAAUAGCUACCCGCUUCCACUCCCGGAAGACAUAUUUAAUCGGAUGGCGAAUUGCACGAUGUUUAGCCACAUAGAUCAGUCGGAUGCUUACCUACAAGUUGAGCUCGACGAGGAAAGCAGGAAGCUCGUUACCAUCAACACCCACAAGGGGCUCUAUCGUUUCAAUCGGCUUUCCCCUGGUGUCAAGUGUGCACCCGGCGCUUUCCAGCAGAUCAUGGAUACCAUGCUAAGUGGGCUCCCGUGUACAUCUCCAUAUCUCGACGACAUCCUAUACCGUGUUCUACAGCGCUUUCAAGAGUAUGGAUUUACGGCAAAAUACGAAAAGUGCCGAUUCUUCAUGCGCCAGGUGAAGUACUUGGACCAGCUUCUGGAUACAGAGGGCAUUCGUCCGGACCCGGAAAAAGUGAAAGCAAUCGUCAACAUGCCUCCUCCUCACGAUGUUCCUACGCUUCGUUCGUACUUAGGUGCGAUAAACUAUUACGGAAAAUACAUUCGGGAAAUGCGUACACUACGCCAACCGCUGGAUGAGCUGCUCAAGGAGGAUUCCAACUACCAGUGGUCCGAGGCUUGCCAGUGUUUAUUUGAUCGUUUCAAAGAAAUCCUCCAGUCAUCGCUCAUGCUGACGCACUCGUGA